AUGUCGCACGAAGCCCUCAACCCCAUUCACCCCUCAGUUCUCCCUCAUUUGGACCCCGUGUUCGUUCGUCUCUACAAUGAGCACGUCGCGAAUACCCCCGCAGGCCCAAUUGAUUUAUCUGUCUUAAGAACUAAGUACUCUGUUCUUUAUUCGUAUGGCACAGGGCCCGCCCCCGACUGUGCUCGAAUCUAUGACAGCGAAGUCCCCGGCCACAAUGGCGAUUUGAUUCCCGUUCGUGUUUAUGAACCAGAUUCACCCGGACCCUGGCCCGUACAUGUGGACUUCCACGGCGGAGGUUGGGGCUUGGGAGAUCUUGACACCGAAGCACACAUUUGCAAACACAUCUGUGUCAAGGCGGAUGUCUGCGUGAUUGAUGUGGAUUAUCGACUAGUGCCGGAGUACGCAUUCCCAAUCGGUAUUCAGGACUCGUUCGCAGCCUUGCAACAUAUCCACGCCAAGGGCGCCGAACAAUUCAACAUCGACCCUACACGAAUCUCGCUAGGAGGUGUUUCGGCGGGAGGCAAUAUCGCCCUGGUAUGCGCUCACCUUGCCCGUGAUGCCGGUACCCCUCUUCGAUUAGUCGCGGUUGGCACCCCAACCAUUGACGACAUUUCAAAGUACAAGUCAGCAUUUGAGGCACCGUGGCCAUCCAUGCAAGACAUGGAACAUGCACCCACACUGAAUUGGGCGCGUCUGAAGUGGUUCGACAAUCUAAAGUGGCAGAGUAUUGCUGCCAAUAGCCCGACGAAAGAUGCCCAAAUGGCUGCGGUGAAGUGGUAUGCUGAUGCGCUGCAGGCACCAGACUUUACCAAUCUGACCAAGACAAUUAUCUACACGGCAGGCUGUGACCCUCUGCGUGAUGAGGGCGAGGCAUAUGCUCGGAAGUUGAUAGAGGGUGGAAACGAGGUGAUUCAAAAACGAUUCGCUGGUGUCCCGCACCCCUUUAUGCACAUGGACGAAUGCCUGUGGCAAGCGGAGCAAUUCAUCGGCUUGACGGUUGGGCAUAUCAAAGCUGCUUUGCAUCAAUAA